GAUAUUCGGCUCUCUCACUCUCUCUUUCUCUAUCUUUGAGAUAUAUAUGUAUGGCUGCAUAACAUGGACUUCUCACGAACCCACAGCAUUAUUUCUUGUUCUUCUUCUUUUUCUUCCUACUUGAAGCCGAUAACAUUUUGUAAUAAUAAUUGCAAACAACCUGGAGUGGAAAAAAGGGAAAGUGAACCCAAUAGUGAGCACCAUAAGAGCAAAUCUUCGGCUGAGGCCGAUGCCGUUGAAUAUAGUACACGAUACCGAUGGAUUACCUCGAAUUAUACUGACUGAGCCAACUGGGUCUUCUGCGGAGGUGCUCUUGGAUGGCGGGCAGGUAAUUUCCUGGAAGAAUGAAAGAAGAGAAGAGCUUCUUUAUAGGAGCACCAAGGCUAUUUGGAAGCCACCAAAAGCCAUCAGAGGAGGAAUACCAGUCUGCUUUCCACAGUUUGGUAACUUUGGUUCACUGGAGCAGCAUGGAUUUGCAAGGAACAGAUUGUGGUCACUAGACAGUGAUCCUUCUCCUUUGCCUCUUGCUAAUAACCAGUCAUCAGUGGACCUGAUACUCAAGUCCACAGAAGAGGAUUUAAAGACCUGGCCUCGUAGGUUCGAGUUGCGGCUUCGUAUAUCCCUCAGUGCGGGCAAGCUCACAUUGAUUCCUCGUGUGAGAAAUUUGGAUAGCAAACCUUUCUCUUUCACAUUUGCUCUCCGCAACUACUUAUCCGUAUCAGACAUCAGUGAAGUACGUAUUGAAGGCUUGGAGACGCUAGAUUACUUUGAUAAUCUGAUGCACAGAGAAAGGUUCACUGAGCAGGCAGAUGCAAUUACCUUCGAUGGCGAGAUUGACAGGGUGUAUUUGAGCACCCCAUCAAAGAUUGCCAUAAUAGACCAUGAGAAGAAGAGAACUUUUGCAUUGCGGAAGAAUGGCAUGCCAGAUGCAGUUGUAUGGAACCCGUGGGACAAAAAGGCCAAGGCUCUUCCAGAUUUCGGGGAUGAAGAUUACAAAACCAUGUUAUCUGUGGGUUCUGCAGCUGUUGAAACCCCUAUUGUCUUGAAACCCUUUGAAGAGUGGAGGGGUCAUCAAGAACUCUCUACUGUUUCAUCAAGCUAUUGCAGUGGGCAAUUGGAUCCUUAUAAGGUUCUUUAUGGAUUUCACUGAGCUGAAGUUUGGUGUAAAUCCACCUUUCUUGUAAAAUUUUAUAUAAGCUUUUACAGUUUAGAUACACCCACAUACUGCCACUUGCUUAAUUAUUGGUCAUGUAUCACCUUUUAUUGUUGAUAGUUUAAAAUUUUCCUAAAGUAGCUGAAUAUGUGACGAGGAACAUUCUUAUAUUUUGCCGACUUCGUCACUUUUGUAUGAAAUUAAUAUUAGAUGAAGGAGUCAUCUUAGUUGCCUUA